CAACUCGUGCUGCCAGAGAGAGCGACAUAAAAGGAAGAUGAGAGGCUGGGCGGUGGAUAGAAGUUGGCUUCGGCCUGCGUUCAUACAUUUUCACGCUAGCGCCAAGGGCUGAUGGCUAAGAAGACGCUCGCAGCGUUCCUGAUCUACGCUAUUCUGUUCACCACCGUGUUCGUCCUCCUCUACCCGUUCCUGGUAGACGACGGACGGGUAUCGGGGCAGCACAUCCGCCAUGAGGAGAUCAUCGUGGGGAGACCCAGUAAGGCGGUCCACAUACCGAACGCCGUGGAGCAGAGGCAGGUGUUGGGGCUGUACGAGGACAGCCGGAGUCUCUCCGCGUCGCAACGAGAUUCUCCGCUGGUGGCCGCCUUCGAGCCGCAUCCGAUGGAGGAACCUCAGCAGGUUCCAGAGCUCCCCAUCGUCCAAGACUGUCCGUAUAUUCCAAAACCACUAAUGAAGUAUGUUCCGGCCCACCAUUCCGUUCCUCUGACUAACGAAGAGAAGUUGCUUGCCAUGUGCAGGCAGUCCAAAGUUGUCUCUCUUGAAGACCUAUUCACUGAAACGAUGGUGCGAACACUCUCCAAGAUUGGCGAGGGUGCGUUUGCCGAUGUCUACGGCUGCCAAGGAGAUGACUGGAGAAAACUGGCACUAAAGAUCCUGCCAGUGGGCGGAGACAUGAAGUACAACGACGAGGAACAGAACUCCCUCAAAUCCAUCCAGCCAGAAAUGGUUGUGACCCUGGAGCUGUCGUUGCUAGGAGACCCGUCUAGACUGGAGGACAAAAGAUUUCCUCACUAUACCAAGAACUUUAUGCAAGUGGAAAGAGCGGCUUAUUGUGAGGGGAAAUUUCCAGAGUUCAUGUUAGAUGCCUGGGACGAGUAUGACUACAGAAAGGACUCUGACAAUGAUAGACCAGAUAUUUUCGGGCCCAAACAGCAGUACAUAGCCUUCUUGCUGGAGAAUUCUGGGAUGCAAGUGGGCAGCUAUGUGUACCAUUCGUUUGAAGAAGCUCUGAGCAUCUUGAGGCAAGUCACUCUCUCACUUGCAAUUGCAGAAGAGGCACUGCAGUUUGAGCAUCGCGACAUGCACAGGGGUAACGUUCUGGUGAAGAGGACAAAGGAAGAGUUCAUAUAUUUCAGGUUCAACAACAAAGACUACCACAUCAAGACUUACGGUGUACAAGCCACCAUCGUCGACUUUACCCUCUCCAGAGUCACCCAGAAAGAGAGCCAUUGCCUCAGUCACUUGGACCUCAACAACCUCCCCUGGCUAUUCAAGGGAAAGGGAGACAUUCAGUUUGACGUCUACCGCAGCAUGAAGAACGCCACAAAGUCAGAGUGGCACAAGUUCACUCCCUUCACCAACGUGCUGUGGGUCAACUACCUCACAGUCAAGACCAAGAUCAAGGGAAGCUGAAGGGAAUUCACACCAAGGUCUGGGAGGCCAAGUUCAAACCCUAUCUCCGGAACAUUCUAAAGUACACAUCAGUAAAGGACGUGUUUUUGAACAUCUUCAACCCAGAUAAGCCUCUGCGGUACCACGCCCCGCGGAGUGAAUCCAGCAAACCUCGUCCUGCAGCUGCCCUCUAGGAGCUAAUGGAGGCUUAUGUGUAGUUUUUCAUCAUCAUCUAUUAAUAGACCGUCUCCCUUUCUAUCUUCAUUCAGCAUUAGAAUCACUGAUGUUUUUCAUCCCAUUCACUCACGGGUCACUUCAUUUCACAGCAAUUCUAAUUUUGUAACUUAUUUAAAUGAAAAGGUGUUAUUGUAUCACACUACAAUACAAUCUGCAACCACAAUCCAAUAUAUUUCUGCACAAGACACAAGGAACAUAAUGGUAUAUAUAGUAUGACAAUGAACAAUUCUUCUUCAGCAGAACAAUAGUUUUUUUAAAACACUAACCGUUCUACAUACACAGUAGCAUUGUUGUAUAUACAUACAGUGAAUUAAUGGUCCAUUCCAGCUCCUGAAGGCAGGGACUAAAGCUGGGUCAGACUUGAACUCCCUCUAAUUGCCCCACU